AUGGAUUGCCGUCGCCCUCAAACCGCGAGAAACUCUUCCGCCUUGCCGUCGUCGCGGUCCUUCUCUUCUCCCAGUCCGAAAGGUUUUGGCCGCGCCAAGCAACGGCCGGCAGUUCAGCCCCUCGAUUUGACAGAGUUGCCUCGCGAACCGAACGCUGCAGCCUCUCCCAAAGGCUCGCUAUCUCGAGUUACUCAGAACCAUCGAUCCACACGCGAUCGCCCAGUGUAUCGUCAUGUCGUGGCUCGAAUCGCAACUGACGUGCGAAUCGACGCCAGUGCGAACCGCAGCUCUUCUGCUACUUUCCCUGGUACUCCCUUCUCAGUUGUCGGUAUCCCACAGCGUCCAGAAGUAGAAACCUGCUUCCCACAUCUCGGAAACCAACCAGUUAGCGGCCCUUACGAACCGCCCACGAAACAAAACUGUCGGCAACACUAUCGUCAAACAACUAGCGCGUUAGGGAGCCCAGGCGAGGGACCCUAUUCUACGCUUUCGUCUUCCUCGCCACUCGGUAUCACGAGCGUCUGCGGUAUUUCGGGGGAAAGUGAAUUUCCCUUUGGUGCCUCUGCGGUCAACUCGGCGCGAUCACCUCACACGCGCGGUGACCUCACGACCCAUCAGACUGCCCACAGUUUUGUCAGGGAACCUCCGGUCGUGGUCUGCGGGACGCCAGUGCAGCAUCACUUGCCAGUUUCCAGGAUAUCCUCGUCACCACCUCAGUCUCUCUGUGUUGAGCCUACUCCACGAACUCAACUCUCUUCUAGUCAGGGAGCGACGCCGGCGUCAGCCAGGGCACAACCAGACUGUGGACCCUCCAGAUGCACGACUGCCUCGACGUAUCGUCAGUCGCGUCUUCCUCUCUCAUCACUGCGAAACGGGCUUUCUGGUUCCGCUUUCAUCGACGGUGGGAGCUCAGGAGGCUGGUGUGUGUCGACAGCUCGGAGCAGCUCGGUAGAGACAUGUGGAACGUUUCCUCGUCCCUUCGACGUCAGGCAUUCCCUGUCACAGACUGGGAGUCGCGGAAAGAAAAAACGGUCGACAAAUCGUAUCGUCCAGACUGCGGACAGCGGUCACAUGCCGGCACCACGUGUGCGGACUGGAGAUACCUCUGGCGACGACAGCCACGCAGAAGAAAAAAAGCGGUUCGUGGAUCCUGCCACAUAUACGCGCCUCCCACCCGAGGUAUGGGUGUACAAGUAUCAAUCUCCCGUCGGCCUGCCAGCAGCGUCUUGCACAAAUCGGGAAGUCUCGAAAAAGCAGGGUUCUACCGGGACCGACCCUGACGAAACAGGUGGUAAGUGGGAUUCCGGUGGAAGCGCGGACGUGAUCCAGUCUUCUAGCUCUUGCGUUCCUCCGGCAGAUCCUGGUCAUAUAGGGAAAGAGAUUGCGUUUCCUCUGGAGCAUCCACAAGGGCAUCAACAAGCCGACUUCCUAUGCUCCUCGAUUCCCAUCCUCCUCCAAGUGUACGAAGUCCCGACUCUUUUCAGUCUGAAAAAUGGACUGGCCAGGACCAACCACUUUCCGUGGCCGCCGCCGUGUCUCUCCCAGGACAGCGUCGGCCCCGCUGUGCCCUUGAAGACCACGGCCCUCCGAGAUGCUCGGGACAACGCGAACGUAAACAUAUCAGGCAGAGAGGCAGAAGACAAGGGACAAAACGUAGUGAACCGUCACAAGGACGAGGCUGCGCCUCUACAAUCUCACCUCUCACCCUACGGCGGACCCCUUUCACAACACCCGGCUGAAUCUCGCCUGUCAAAAACACCCCGUAGCACAAAUGAGAGCCGCGGAAUAGGAAGCGUUUUAGGAUGUCGAUCCCCCCGAGAAGCAGGAGACGAGGCCUCGCGUUCGCAUCAGGCAGCUCUUCCUUUACCUCCACCAAAUGGCUUUCUGGCAAGAGGCCUUCAAGCGAUUCACAAAGGACGGAUCCAGCAAACUUGGUGGCGCGGUUUGAUGCGAACGCUGGACGUGUCUUUCUCUGAGCUGUCUAGGCAGCUGAAAUUGUUUGCUCCCUUCCAUGCCCGCUGCGUUGAGAAACUGCAGCAGAGCCUCCUCGCUUACGGAGAAAUCUACGACGCGUCUGUCGCGGAUAUUUUCUCUGAACUCCAAACGUCUCUUUUGGAGCUGUACAAGACGGAGGUCAGUCUCCGGCGGGAGCAACGCGAUAUGUCAAGGCUGCUGGAACUGCUCGAGGGAAAAAGGCAAGAGGCCGAAGAGCUGAGGCGCAUGCUAGACAUCCAUACCCAUCUCUUUGGACUGCAGGAACUUGACGCCCUGGCUGUGCGCCAAGCGGAAGAAGAAGCUACGGCGGCGGAUUUACAGUGGCAACGCCUCCUUGAGCACCUCGAGGCCGUCCGCCUCAAUCGCGACAGGGUAGCAACAGCCGAGACAUGGGUCACACGGUCGACCGGCGAAUGUAAAGACGGGGAUCUGUCGAACCCACAUCGGCAGGUGAUUGCCCGAGUGUUUCCAAUAUCUGCAACUCUUCUUCCCCACCAAACGUUUUUGCGAGGGGAACUCGGCUCAGGAGGCUACGGCAAGUUACUGCGCAUCAACCUCCCUCCCGGAAGGUGGACGAUUGGCCUCGCCAUCACCUGCACAGCACCGAUCGACGUGUGUCUCCUGAUGCUUCUCGCCCAGCGCCGUCAUCCCUCUCUGCGCCGGGAAGGAGGUGAGUGCCUGUCUAGGCCACAGAGAGACGCGGCGCCAGGGAGGGAGACACCAAGUGCUUUCUACGUGUCCUUUGACGCAAGUGGCCCCCGCCGAGCCGCUUUGCAAGAUGACAAGCGAAGUUGUCGGGCGCCCACAGCUCACGGAAGCGCUGCUUCGUCUUCACAGCCUUCUAUCCCCACAUUAGAUCCCUCUCUGACUCUGAUGAGCGCGACACCUCCGGAGUGGAACGCCUUUGCUUCCCUGUCUGUACACCCGCGGGAAGCACAGAUUCUCCACGUCCGUACGCCUCCAGAAGGCACUCCAGAUGGAGGAUGGCUGCUGCUUCGUGUACAGCCAACUGAGCAAGUCAACCGGCGGCUGCUGGACAGAACCGCGGAGACGUACGCAAAUGCCUUGCGUGCGUAUUCCUGUACAUCGCCAAAUCUUGAGGAAUCCAAGCCCGUGCCUAGCUCGGCGGAAACUGCAGACGCUGGCAAAAGAUCGGGACAGGGCCUCUGCGUCGCUGCCCCACUCGAGACAGAAAAUCCUUCUUUUGCUCGGCGCAGCAGAGGCGCUGAAGCCCCUAAAAGCUUCACUGGGGUAUCCCCCGGCAACCCAGUAUGCGGCACACAAGUCGCGGAUCAGGAAGUGAGAACACCUUGUGAGAAGACGGUGAAAUUCUCCAUCGGAGUCCACUCCGUGUUUCUCCACCCUGCUCUGGCGAGCAAAGACCGCGGCGCGGGAUCUGGAAUUCCGAGAAGGAGCGAAGGCGGACGGACGGAAGCAGAGGGGGAAGAAACCAAAGUCGCCACGGCAACAUCUCUCUCGCCUUCUGGAUCCGCUUUUCAAGAGGAGCUAUGCGCUCCUUUGGAAGAGAGUGCAGACAGAGGGUCCGACACCCGAGAUGAGAAAACAAGGCAUGGCAAGUUCGGUGUCGCAAAUUCGUCCGCUCCGCCAGCUUCUAGGUUUCCGGUUCCACGUGCUCCGCCGUCUCUCUUGCCACGCUCAACGGUUCGAAGGGAUGUCUGCGUUCAGACGGUCAAAUCGAGCCUUCUGCGGGGCACUCUUUGUUCUCUUCACGACGGGCCGCGACCGCCUCCUGUUCCGCAAUUCUGCAUGUGUGACGAUCCUUCUUGGGGAAGUCCACCUCGGCGGACGUCUGCAGGGACCCGCGAAGCCACGCGGUCCCAUGAAAAAGCCUCCCCUUCUUCCACACAUCCUUGUCCUUCGUCUCCCGCCUCCCAUCCUGAGGCUGCUUCCGCAUCGCCCUCGCACCUGGACCCUCAGCUCAAGCAGCCCCUGUUCUACGCGCCGUCCUUUCCGCUGCUGAAGGUUCUCCUCGACGACACCCCAGUGCCCCUCGGGGACUUUUCCUCACUCCUUUACCCCCCUUCUUGCAUGCACGGCGAGAGAGGCGCUGCCGCGACCGCUCCAGGCGUUCUCUCCGGGGCGCGCUUCGUUCGCUGGCCGCUUCAGUUGCUGGUGGAGACAGCGUGGAUCGUUCUCGUUCAGCGAGCUCGAGAGCGCCGACAUCUGCGGGCGAGGCGAGCGGAUCGCAGGCACCAGAGAAGCGAGGCUUUGUCUCUGUUCGAGAAACACUGUGUGCAUCGAGCAAUUCACUCGGAGAGCGGAGGCUCUGGACCGCCGCAGAGUCGGAAGGGAGGACGACAGAGCGGUCGUCGGCGAGGCAAAGAGCCGUCCCCCCUCGGGCGUUGUGUCACGGACUCGCGGUGUUGUGACACAGACGGUGCCUCGGCCAGGAGUGCCGACCCGACUUGCCAAUUCACAAACUUGAGCAACAGUCCAAGGCUGUUUAUCCAGACUUCCGCCUCAGAAGAUGACGUAAAUCUUGGGGAACAGGGCCAAAGAGGAAGUGGGCGAAUGCCCUUGACAAAGAAACAAGAGAGACAACUCCGGCCAAAUUCCAGCGGCUCUGCACUUCCCGCGUCCGCAGCGCCUCUCGAAAAGCUUGGCACAGAGACGAACGGAGGGGGGGGAGAACAGGAGCCUUGUUUUGCAAAGGGAAAGCCUGACGCAACAGAGAAAAAAAUGUGUGCAGGUGAUCCGCCUCGACCGGCUGCACUUUGGCGAGCAGUGCAGGACGCCGCGGAAGCAGCCGAGAGUGCGAAAGAUCCAGAGGAAGAGUCGCUCGCAAGUUUCACCUUCACCUUCUUUCUCCGUCGAUUUGGAGUGGCGUUUCUCUCCCACAAAGCUCUCCACUCCUUUCUCCUCUCUCUGCUCUACUAUGCGCCACUCCUCACACCUGUGUCGCCGACACAACAGCGGGAAGCAUUCUGCGGGAAGAAUACGCGCCCGCGUCACCCCUCACUUUUUGAGUUUGAAGGUGCCUUCUCACCCGCACCCAACACGUCUGGACACCACGCAGACUUCAGGGCUUCGGGGAAGGGGCGUCUCUGUGACUCUGGGCACGACUCUUCUCCAGUCUCCACCCGCCACCAGCGGCAGCAGGUGAAAAUCUGUUCGCGCAUCCGAGGCUUUCUGCCGCUGUUCUCUGCGCGCCUGUUUGGACGUCUCACGGGCCUCUUGAGCGCCUCCGAGGACACGCACCCCUUUCGCCAGUCUCUCGACGACUUUCUCUGUCUUGCGCUCGACGCCCUUGUGGACCAGAUCGGAGCAGACCAGACGGCGUCUCGGGCAAAGCGAGAGUCGAGGGAGAAAUCCGAAAGAGCGGGACAAGCAGUUCGUUCACCCGCCUCGACACACAAGCACGCCUCCACCUCCCUUGUUACCAAUCCGGGAGAUAGGGCCCACGCGUGUUUCCCUUCCCGGCCUCUCACGGCAUCUUCUGGGCUUCAGAGGGAGGCAGCGCAGGCGGGUACACGAAAUGAGCCGUCUCUGCGACCGCGUCCUCCUGACAACGCAGGAGUUGGACUGUGUUUGGCUGUCUCGCAUGCUGCCGCCGCGAAAAUUGUGCGCCGGGUGUUUCAUGAAGAAGGAACCACAGAGUAUCGACUCGCCGCCCUCGAGGCUCUCGACUCCCAUAGAGACGCUGCGGUCGCGGCGAUGCGCUCCCGCCAGCUGGGGCUUCGGGCGCGUUGGGCGCGGGGACGGCCGGCGAUCACCGGCGAAGGCGCGACAUCCGCUUUCCUAGAAGAAAGAGUCAGAGAGACCGACGGGGAACUAAAGAGGAGAGCGGCGCAGGGGACUCGCACGGAAGUGAGAGCUGCGCGUUCGACGGGGAGGUGGGACGCGCGUGAGGCGAGUAGCGCCCCGGUCUCGGAACGAGAGGGAGACUCAAGGGACAGUCGCGCGAAAGACGUGGAGCCCGGGAAACUGCGAAGCCGAAAGAUGAAGGCGACACAAGGAAGGAAAGGAAGCGAAGAAGGCUGGGACCUCCUGGUUCCGGCCGACCUCCUCAUUCAGGCCUUGACACAGCAGUGGGAAGUGCUAUACAUUCACCUGCAGCAGGCGAUGGAAAGGGUUCUCGAUUCAGAUGUGUGCGGCCCACAGCCAGCGACUUCGCCCAUCCUGUCCUUCAACGCGUUUUCUUCCUUUCUCCAUCGCCUGCGCCCGGAACGUUCACUGUCUCCAAAUCACCGGCUGUCUCUGUAUCGUCGCGCGCUCUUUGCUGCGGCGUCCCGAAUCCACCCUCUCUGCGCCUCCCUCCAUUCUUCUUCGCUCGCAGCCCUCCUUCUGCACCAAACUCACCUUCUCGCCUUUCCGUUGCCUUUCCCUGCCUCGCCUUUCCUCGCUCUGGGCCCAGAGCCUCAGGCGGAGCCGUCGGAGGACGACUCGGCAGAAGACGCCGACGGCGCGAAGGCGAAGGGAACACAGAGCCCUCCCUCGCUGCGCAGUGAAGACGCGCUUUCACGGGGUACGCCUCGCGUAGUGCAGCUCUGCGACUUGGGUUCCUCUGAAGGCAGUCCCGUGUCGCCCCCAAGUCUUUCCUCUUUGUCCUACGAGUGUCGCCUGGCGGCGUUCAUCGUGGAUGCACUUGUGCACUUUCUCUGCACAGAGGCGCCUGGCCUUCUUCACUCAGGUCCCCGCGACAUUCGACAGGCGGCCUUUGCGUCCGCGAGGGAAGAGGCGCAGGAAACACCGAGGCGCUCCGAGGCUGCAGCAAACCCGGAAAGCUCUCGUGUGGCCUUCGCCGCAGAACACAAGAUACGCAGUGAUACCCUCUCCAGAGCCAGAGUUGCCGUGGUUGUGAAAUCGAACAAGAAGAACGCAGAGGCAGGGAACGACACAGAAGGCAGGCAGAGAGGUGACGAGGGAAAACCCGAUUCACGAUGGGAAGCGAACAAAGGAGGCACGUCCUCGAAAGGACACAUUUUCUCUGCGUCCGGUGCCCCGGCAGAGAAGAUCGACGGAAGGGAGCAGAGAGAGUACAGACUGGUGCAUCAACUCCUCAGCUGGUGCGCUUCUCCAGAAGGAUACAGGCCUCUGUACGCCGGAGAUGCCGCUGCAGCUCCACAGAAAAGCGAGGACGCCGCCCGAACACAACCUGCCUCGAGUGUCGUCGAAGCCUUUGCUGUCAGCGCGCCCAUCCGAAACUUGGAGUACAUCAAUCCCGGAGCCGCGGUGGAAGCCGCCAAAGAUCUCGAUCGCUCCGCCUCCCAACAGAACGCACCGGCGGCCCUCCUUCUCGCCAAGAUCUACGCGGUGCUCCGAGACCUCCUGGCAGUUGUCGGCGAUUCAGAGCUGCUCGCACCCGUCUGCUACGCUUUGGCUUCGCCCGACGCGCACUCCCCGUACUCGGAUUUCCCCUCGGGCGUCUCUCCCCAGUCUCCGUUCACGCCGGGACGCGGUCGCCUCUCGCUUCUGACGAAAGAUCAAAGAGACGAAGACGUCGCCGCCAGCCGCCUCGACAGCGAAACACUCCACGACGUUCUGCGCAGUGUGUGGAACGCCCUCGAAAGAGCGGCUACCCUGACUGUCGAGUACAUGGAAGCAGCGAGGACAGAGUACCAGGCUGCCGCCUUCGCCAGAAUGAAACACGGCGCUUCUGUCAAGGACGCCCUACGAGACCUGGCCCGACUGUACAGAGACCAGGUGGACAGGCUUUUUAUCCUCAGUGUAGGCAGUAACGCAUUCAGUGCCGCUCUUGAACAGCAAAGUGCCCGAGAGCAACUGAGCCUGCUUUACCGUCAAAGUCUUGAGUUGGAGCGACGGCAGUUAGAGCUCCACGAUGCGCUCCACGGUUUCUCUGAGGCGGAAGAGAAGAAGGGCGAGGGAGGAGAAAACCGAGAGACAGAAGUGGAGAAUUAA